AUGACUGAGCGAAGUGAGCAAGACCUAAUUCUAAGCGUCGAGGACGUUAGAAUUGCCGCUGCAAAGAAACUCUCCUCGAGCGCAAGAGAGUUCUACGAUGCCGGUUCAACGGGUCAGGUUACAGUUAAAGACAACACCGCAGCAUAUUCCAAAUACCGUCUUCUUCCACGAGUUCUUGUGGACGUGUCCGAAGUUGAUACUGGUAUUACUCUGUUCGGUCAAAAAAUCGAUUUUCCACUCUGCGUCUCGCCUGCCGGAGUCCAGGCCAUGGCACACCCUGACGGUGAACUUGCAACUAGCAAGGCAUGUGCGAGACGCAAUGUUCACAUGGGCAUCUCUUCUUUCUGCAACUAUCCUGUUGAGGAAGUGAGAGCAGCCGGUCUCGAUACGGGACCGAUCCAGCACGUCAUGCAGCUCUACACAAUGAGAGAUCGCGAUGCUCAGUUACGCAUUAUCCGGCGCGCGGAAAAGGCAGGUUGCGUGGCCAUCUUCUUGACUGCUGACAGCCCGGUGCUGGGAGUUCGUUAUAAUGAGCCCCGCAACCAGUUCCGGAUUCCCGAGGGGCUUUCUCUUCCCAUGUUUGAGAGGACUUCGGAGACAAUCCGAGCUACCACUCAUGAGGACGGCUUCGACUCCAUCAACUCCAACGCUCACUCGUGGGCCAAGGAGAUUCCUUGGCUGAGGAGCGUUACCAAGAUGCAAAUUUGGAUCAAGGGGAUACUGACUGAAGAGGACGUUGAACUUGCGAUCCAGUACAAGUGUGACGGGAUCAUUGUGAGUAAUCACGGUGGUCGGCAGCUCGAUGAGACCCCAGCCACGAUCGACGUGCUCCCACACUGCGUCAAGGCGGCGAAGGGGAGAAUCCCAGUUCACAUUGACGGUGGUGUUCGUAGUGGUACUGACAUUUUUAAAGCACUGGCCCUCGGUGCUCAGUGUGUGUGGAUUGGAAGGCCGAUGAUAUGGGGACUUGCGUAUGACGGUGAGGCAGGUGUCACCAAAGUUUUGGAUAUUAUGUAUGGCGAGUUCAAGAGAUGCAUGCAGCUGUGUGGAUGUACUUCGAUUGCCGACAUUACCCCUGCAUCGCUGGGAGUUGUGCAGAAAUAUGGCCCUCUCGCGAGGCUAUAA